UCUGUAUAAGACUUUGCAACACUUUCAGAUCAUGUCAUCAAACGUGUGAAACUAUUUCAGACCUCUGAGCUGUUGAAGAAGAUGUUUCUUGUGUUUGUUUAUCUCUGGUUGUACUUCUGCCGUCUACAGGGUGUGUUUACAGAUGAGGUGAAGUCAGUGUCAGUGAUGGAGGGACAUUCUGUGACUCUACACAUUAAUACUGCUGACACACACACAGAUGAUCUGAUAAUGUGGAGUUUUGUAACUCAAGAGUCUCGAAUAGCUCGAGUCAACAGAGAAGCCAAUAGUGUUUUAGUAUAUGCUGAUGUUCAUGAUGGGAUGUUCAGAGACAGACUGCAGGUGGAUGAUCAGACUGGAUCUCUCACCAUCACAAACAUCACAACUCAACACUCUGGACUUUAUCACAUGACCAUCAGCGGCCAACAAGAGACCUCAUACACAUUCAACAUGACUGUCUAUGCUCGUCUGCCUCUUCCUCACAUCACCAGUUACUGUCCACAAAACUCUUCAUCAUCUUCAGUGUCAACAUGUGUGUUGUUGUGUUCAGUGAUGAAUGUGACACAUGUGAGUCUCUCCUGGUACAAAGGAAAGAGUUUAUUGUCCAGCAUCAGUGUGUCUGAUCUCAACAUCAGACUCUCUCUACCUCUGGAGGUGGAAUAUCAGGACACAAACACAUACAGAUGUGUCAUCAACAAUCCCAUCACAAACCACACACAACAUCUCAACAUCACUCAACUCUGUCACAAGUGUUCAGAUCCCUUUACUCAUAUUGUUGUGAUCUGUUGUGUUGUUGGAUCUGUGAUGAUUGUAACUGCACUUCUGAUCCUCUGCAUCUGCAGGAAACACACAAACACACAUCAGGAAGAAGCCGUUCAGACGGGUGAAGAGGAGAUCACAUAUGCUGAAACAACAUUCUGUAAAAGACAAACACACAAACAGGUGAGAUCAUUCAAUGAGGUAAUAACACCUGCAUUUUGACUUAUUUCUUUUUUUAGUUAUAUUUUUGGGCCUUUUUAUGCCUUUAAUAAGACCGCAGAAUAAACUUGGGAAACUAACUUCAGUACAUCCACUAUGACGUGUUUGUGCUCCUGACAAGAUUAACAGUCACACAGGAUUAAAAGCAAUAAACUCAAAACACUUUUUUUACAUACAUUACUGUAGAUGCUGGGACAACCACAUCUAUUAAUCCCUGAACUAAUAAUUUAUUAUAAAUAAUUCCAGAGAUUAUUCUGUUGAUUUAAUGUUGUGUUUGUGUGUUGUGUGUUGUGUUCAGAGAGCUGUAGUGGAGGAUGAUGUGGUGUAUGACCGUGUCAUGAGACAAUAAUCAAACUCUCUGUGAAACUCUUCUGAUAUGAAGAAUCAGAUGUGUGAUUAUUUUCAACUUCUGCUAUAAUUGAUCAGAUUUAUUUCUGAGUCUGAACAUCGUAUGUGCAUAAUAUUAUAUAAAGUAUAUGUUUUAUAUGAAAUGUCUGCAUUCAUUCCAAGAUUCAUCUGUUAUCAUCACCAUCACAUUCACAAGCAUAAAACACAUGUUAAUUGCCACAAAUGUUAACAAUUCACUAUGUAUGAGAUUGUUAAUAGACAGCCGUUUAAACAUCAAGAUAGAACUGUAAAACAUUAUUAUAAAGAGUGAUAAAUAUUAAUAUUAAUAAAAAAGAUGAGAGCGACCAAAGAGUCAUUGUGAUUUCAAAAACUCCUGAAGCAAACACAGUAUUUGUACAUGUGCGUCACUCCAACACCUUUAUUCCUGGGGUAAAAGUCAAACCUGAUGUGCAGAGAAAUGUGGUUUUGUUCUGCUGGUGAACAUGAGAUGCCGUUUGUGGUUGUUGACCAUAUGUGUGCAUGUCAGAGGAUAACAUUUUCCACUCUGCACAAAAACAUCUUUAAUAAAGUAUUGAAUGCAUCAAUACUAACGCAUAAAAAUAAAGAUUGCUUUAAAUUACACACAUAGUGAUAAAAUAUAUAUACUGUACUUUAUAGGUAUACUAUCGUUUUUGGAUUGAAGUAGUCACAUAAGUGUAUACCACAUGCAAGAAAGUAAAAGCAAUGCUCAAGCUCUGAUCGUGCAAGCGAUGCUAAAAAUUUUUUUUCCAGCUUCAGCGAGAGAUUGCAUAAGUUUCUCAGAAAACUAUUCUUGAUAUCACACUUCAGUCACAUGUCCUGUGCUGUCUUGCGCCAUUUUGCAGAAGAACACAUGCUAUUUUAAUCUGUCAGUGUAAUGGGCGAAUUUUAAAUGAAUAAAUUUGAAGAAAAAAUGUAUAUUAUUUACUGCAAGCUGCAAUAAAAAUAGUUAACUUUCGUAUACAGUAGCAUGACAGCAAUUACCUGAUCUGCAAAUGACAUGUGACCAUUCAUCCUACAUAAAAACUAGAUAGUUGAUGUUUAUUUUCUAUAUUAUCAUAAUUUAAAUACCAUAAAUAACCAUAAAUAUAUUCACAACCUCAUGUCAACUAUAGUCAAUGAGACAAUUCAAGAUCACGCCCCAUUGCUUUCUGGUCCAAAGCCUCUAUUAGAUGCCAAAGGCAAACAACAAAACAAGGCUAAUAAACACUCACUGUGUGCUGUAAAACUGGUGAAAAAACACAUUUGUAUCCUAAUUUACAUAAUAAAAUAUUAGAAGUCGAGACAGCAGGUAAUUUUUCAGAAAUAAUUCAAAUAUUGUGUUUAGCAUAAAUAUGUGAUAUGAAUAAAAAGUACUCAUAAAUGUCUUUUAAACGGUAGCCUCAUUUGAAAUGAGAGGUGGUUUGGACCCAGAGACGGAUUAGCCGGUCUGCUCAAUAUUUUCCAACACUUCACUUUGAUUCUCACCCAGCAGACAUUCUACUGACUACUCAACUUUAUAACUCAACUUAUUCUACUAACCCCAACCUAACCGUCUAUUGAUACUUUAACAGAAAUUGGCUGACAUACAGUUCAAUAAAAUGGGAGUUAGCUGACAUGUAGUCACUUGGAUGCGACACUUCAAAAAUAAUGUCUUGGCGUAUAAAAAUAAAGCGUAACCUAUUGCAUCUAUUAGUGCUUAAUUUACACUAUUGACUCGAGAGUCAUCUAGCGUCCAAUACAGGAAUUCACAUCUUAAAGUUUAGAUUUGACUGUGAUCGGCAUAACACGUCUCACAACAGACAGAAACCCCAUAAUAAUCACUACAUUGACACAGCAUUGUGAAUGUUUC